UCGGAUUUGAAGCGCCCGGAGGCCGCUGUUGCGCAGCCAGGCCUUAACACAAAAGUGGAGGAGAGUCUUUUUCUUCUUCAGAAUCCGAAAGCUUUCAUUUCAUCCCAAAUUGAAGAAACAAAGCUAGAAUUCCAAUGGCGGUCAGUCAAAUCCCUAAUCUCUCUACUAAGCUUCUCUCUGUUUUUUUUUUUUUCGUGUCUUAUUUGUAUGUUUGAUGAUUUCCGGCGAUUGUAUAUCGUGUCGAAUUACCAGUUCGCAAUCGUCUGCGGAGAAUCUUCGCCGUCAUAUAUCUCUUUCUUACGAACUCUGAAUCGGACCGUGGACUCCAUCAAGGACAAUAUCGCUCAGAUCUUCGCUAACAUUUUCUAUAGCCGGCGUAACAACGUCGCGGAUGCUAGUUUUGAAGAGCUUCUUGGGAAAUUGGGGGAGAAUUGCCAGUUGGGUGCCGAAGAGUUGUUCCCAAAAAAGAAUGAUGUCAAUGGUGAACAAGAUCCACAGGCAGUUUUUAAUGUGUUGGAUUCAAUGCUAAAGGAAAGUUUGGACCAUUUAAAAACAAUGAGGGAGAGCAUAACGUGGCCUAAGAUGGCUUCUUUGGGGUGGACCAGGGACGCUAACUACCAAGAAUAUGGCACGAUAAUUAGGGAUUUGUGUGUUGAUGGUAAGUUGGGAACUGCACUAUGGCUUCGGAGAAAAAUGAUGCGUAAAGGUGUCAUCCUUGAUAUAUUUACACACAAUUAUCUUGUAAAUGGGCUCUGCAAAAUUGGUGAUUUGGAGAGGGCAGAUGGGCUAAUUAAGGAGAUGCUACAAUUUGGUCCUUCUCCCAGCUGUGCGACUUUCAACACUUUUAUUAAGGGUUAUUGCCUCAUUAAUGAUUUGGAUAAAGCUCUGUAUCUGUUCUCGACUAUGGCUAAUAGUGGUAUUAGCCCAAAUAGAAUUACCUAUAACAUACUUGUUCAGGCACUGUGCAAGAAAGGCCUCUUGGUGGAUUCUGUGAAGCUUCUUCAAAAUAUAUUGAACGAUGAGAAUGCCAAGAGCAAACCAGAUUUACAUACCUUCACUACACUGAUGGAUGGUUAUUUUAAGAACGGAAAUAUGUUGCAGGCUCUUAGUCUUUGGCAUGAUGUGGUUAAAACAGAUGCCGAAGUAGAUGUUAUUCCCUAUAAUGUUCUCAUCAAUGGGCUUUGUUUGAGUCGAGAGAUGAAUGCUGCUUAUGGAUACUUUGCUGAAAUGAUUAAAAGAGGCUUAACUCCUGACGUUUUUACUUAUAAUGCACUUAUAAGUUGCCUUUGUAAAGAAGGAAAAUCCGAGGAGGCUUCCCAUGUCCAUGAUGUUAUGUCCAGAACUGGAGUUGUUCCUGAUCAAAUUUCAUACAAACUGAUUAUUCAAGGCUUAUGUAUUGAUGGCGCUAUUGUUAGAGCUAAUGAACUGUUUCGUUCUAUGCUGGAGAAGUCAAUGGUGCCUGACACUCAGAUAUGGAAUCUUAUUAUUGGUUGUUAUGGAAGAUGCGGAGAUGUUAGUGAAGCAUUUUCGAUCAUAGAUCAGAUGUUGUCUUUUGGUGUUCGACCAAAUGUAUACACCUAUAAUGCAUUGAUUCAUGCACUGGUAAAGGGAGGAAAUGUUGCUGACGCAUGCUCACUCAAACAGGAUAUGCUUCGUCUUGGUGUUUCCCCUGACAUGGUCACUUAUAAUUUAUUGAUAGGUGCGGCUUGCAGGUCAGGCUACCUUCAUUUUGCGGCUGAGUUACGCGAUGAAAUGCAGAGAACGGGAUAUGAACCCGAUAAAAUAACUUGUACUGAAUUUAUCAGGGGUCACUGUCUGAAAGGCAACUUGAAUGAGGCAGAAAAACUAUUUGCAAAGGCACUAGAUUCUGGUCCGCCAAUUGAUGAUGUUCCGUACAAGAUACUUAUCAAGUACUGUUGCAAAAUGAAGAAGCUUGACAUGGCAUUUUACCUUUACAAAGUGUGGUCGGAAAGAGAAAAAUGAGUUUCUCUUCAACAGUAAACAUUAACUCGCACAUAAGCAUAUCAGGACGUGUUCUUCUGGAAAUAUGGCAUUCUGGGUUGCAAGUCAUAUUUGUUGUCGCCGAGUUUGAAGUAAUCAUUCUGCUGGUGGGAUUUUGUGCCGCAAGGAAAUCUUCAAGGACUUUCCAUGAGAAGUUUAUUCCAAGAGACAAGAAACUGGCACCAACCAUGCACAGCAAAAGCUAAUAGAAGAUCAUUUGGCCACUUGCAAGUUACAAGCACUUGCAGUUUUUCAUCUCCUGUUCAUCAUCACAAGAAUUCCUACAAUUUUGGAGCUUAUUCUCUAUUCAAUAGUGACUACUAUGCAGGCCAAAGAAUUGGUUACACAUUUGUCCCUUUAACAUGGAAGUAGCAAAAGAGGGACGAUGAGAGAGAAUCCUUGGAUUAUUAUUAUGUUGCUUUUCCAAACUGACUUUCCUAAUACUAAGGAAGAUUGCUUGGCAGGUUUUUUAUGCCGUUCUUGCAAAAUUGCAAGACCAUCCAAAAAUUGUGAAAUAGUUACAACAUUAUGUUAUUAUAUGUUGCGCUCCAAUGUAUAAUGUCACUUAAAUGUUAUAUCUACUUUUAAUCAUAACUAUUAA